GCCAGGGCCGGGUGCAUGGCACACUGGGUGCAGAGGCCCGGCCGGGCGUUGCCAGGGCCGGGUGCACUGGCAGAUCGAUGGCCGCCUGGUGCGCUGCCCCGGCUCGGCCCGCGGGCUGUGGCCGGGCUCGGCUGGUGGCGCUGGCGCGACUCGGGGCGUGGCGGGUGCUGGGCGCGGAGCCCUGGGGACGCGUCACCGCUGCCCGCGCGCAGCCGGCUCCUCCAAUGGGGCAGGGCCAGGUCAGGCCGGGGCCGGGCGCGGGGCGCGUCGCACGUCCGCAGCCGCCCGGGCGGGAAAUCCCAGCCGCGCCUCGCGGGGCGGGGCCGCCGGCCGGGUCUAGGCCCGCGCGCGCCGGGCGGCCCCGCACAGAGCCGCGCCAUGGGCCGCUGCCACCUGCGCCGGCUGCUGCUGCUGCUGCUGCUGGGGCUGCUCGGGGCGGCCGCUGCGGGGCCGCCGCUGCCGGGCUCCGCGGAGCAGAGGUGCUUCUGCCAGGUCACUGGUUACUUAGAUGACUGCACCUGUGAUGUGGAAACCAUAGAUACAUUUAACAACAACAAACUUUUCCCUAGAUUAAAUAAGCUUCUGGAAAGUGACUACUUUAGACAUUACAAGGUAAACCUAAAGAAACCUUGCCCUUUUUGGAAUGACAGCAGUCACUGUGGGAUAAGAGACUGCGCAGUAAAGCCUUGUGCACCUAAUGAAGUCCCUGGUGGGAUUGAAUCUGCAAGCUUUAAGUAUUCAGAAGAAGCCAGUAAACAUGCUGGAGAAUGUGAGGAGGCUAAAAGACUUGGAGCCGUUAAUGAAUCUUUGAGCGAGGAAACCCAGCGAGCCAUGCUUCAGUGGACCCAGCAUGAAGAUUCUUCAGACAACUUUUGCGAAGCUGAUGAUGUACAGUCUCCUGAUGCAGAGUAUGUGGAUUUACUUCUGAAUCCGGAACGCUACACGGGUUACAAAGGACCAGAGGCUUGGAAGAUCUGGAACAGCAUUUAUGAGGAGAACUGUUUCAAGCCUCGGACCAUAGAAAGACCUUUAAAUCCCUUGGCUUCUGGCAGAGGGAAUUCCUUUUACAGUUGGCUGGAAGGCCUCUGCGUAGAGAAGAGAGCUUUCUACAAACUGAUUUCUGGCCUACAUGCAAGCAUCAACAUCCAUUUGAGCGCCAGGUACCUCUUGCAAGAUACGUGGUUGGGGACGACGUGGGGACACAACAUUACUGAGUUUCAGCACAGAUUUGAUGAAGUCCUUACUCAAGGAGAAGGUUCUAAGAGGCUCAAGAACCUGUAUUUCCUCUACCUAAUUGAAUUACGGGCGAUGUCAAAAGUUCUGCCAUUCUUUGAGCGCCCAGGAUUCCAGUUAUUCACGGGGAAUAAAAACAGAGACACACAAACCAAAAACCAACUGCUGGAAAUCCUUCACCUAACCAAGUCUUUCCCUUUGCACUUUGAUGAAAACUCAUUUUUUGCUGGAAAUAAAAAGGAAGCUGCUAAAUUAAAGGAAGAAUUUAGGCUCCAUUUUAGGAAUAUUUCUAGAAUUAUGGACUGUGUUGGGUGUUUAAAAUGUCGCCUUUGGGGAAAGUUGCAAACUCAGGGCUUGGGUACAGCUUUGAAGAUCCUCUUUUCACAAAAACUGAUAGAAAACAUGCCAGAAAGUGGCCCCUCUUAUGGAUUCCAGCUAACGAGACAAGAAAUAGUCUCCUUCUUUAAUGCCUUUGGAAGGAUUUCAACUAGCAUUAGAGAGCUGGAAAACUUCAAGAACUUGUUACGAAAUAUGUAGUGAAUUUGUCUCUCAGAAAAAGACUUAAAUUACCUUUUUUAUUCUGUUUUCUAUAAAACAGAGGAAAAAUCAGGUUUCCUUCACACUUCAGACAACCAAUAGGGAAAAGACACUGGAAGAACUCUUCACUUUACAGAAUGAUUGCAGCAGUAACCUGCUGAGACCAAAUCUUUUGUACAAAGCAGCUGCUUUUUGUAAAGGGGUGGGGGAAAAAUUUGAUUGUGUAAAGUAAAAUGAUCAGUUUUUAUUUUUUGAAGAUAAUUUUGAAUGAUUGACUAAUGAUUAAAUAUGUGCUGCACUCCUUCCUUUGAUAAAA